UAUUUCCGUGUUUGAUCGUGUUUCUCCGGCUCUUCACAGUUGAACAGGACAGAACUCGGACUGUGUCUCUGUUGUUGUUUGAGGAUGACGUUUAUCUGACCCGUUUACGUCCAGAACCACUUAGUUCGUUAGUUAAUUCAUUAGUUAGUUAGUUAGUUUGUGUAAACGCUGCUCGCAGACGCAGGUUAACUAGCUGGGCAGCUAACACACUUAGUGACUAGUUAGCAGUCAUGGCGCGAGCUGUGUCCUCGGUAUCUGUGUGUCUGUCUGUGGUCCUCUUCGCUCUGCGCUGUUUGUCCUUUAAUCUGGACGAAGACAAUGCGUAUGUCUUCUCUGGACCUGAGCGGAGUUACUUCGGCUUCUCUGUGGACUUUUUCAAACCCACCAACAACCGGAGGUCAGAUGUUCUGAUCGGCGCUCCUCGUGCUAACACAUCAGGGUCCAGUGUGGUGGAGAGAGGAGGCGUCUUCUCCUGUCCAUGGAAGGAUUCUGUUUCCUGUCAGCUGAUGCAGUUUGACUCCUCAGAUGACAGGAAGAAAGAUGGAGCUCAGAUGGAGUUUAAGUCUAAACAGUGGUUUGGUGCUUCAGUCAAAUCUGAUGGAGAACACGUCCUGGCCUGUGCUCCUCUCUAUCAGUGGUCCACCUUCGGUGUCUCAGAGCGAGAACCUGUAGGAACCUGUUUUCUGAAGAAGGGAACGUCGGUGGUGGAGUAUUCACCCUGCAGAUCACGUGCCUACUCUCCUGAAGGACAGGGCUUCUGUCAGGCCGGCUUCAGUGCAGACUUCCUGAAGAACAACAGAGUGGUGGUGGGAGGACCGGGAAGCUUCUACUGGCAGGGUCAGCUGAUUUCAGACGACAUCUCAGAGAUCUUUUCCCGCUAUGACAGCAGCAGUUACGUGAUGCCGUAUGGAAACACACAAACCACUAAGUCAGCGGGCGCUCAGUAUGACGACAGUUACCUCGGUUACUCAGUAACAGUUGGAGACUUCAAUGAUGAUGGAAAAGAAGAUUAUGUGACUGGAGUUCCUCGAGGAGACAAAGCACUGGGUUAUGUGAGCAUCUUCAACGGCAUCAACAUGGAGUCCAUGGUCAACUUCACAGGAAGUCAGAUGGCUGCUUAUUUUGGACACUCAGUAUCAGCUGCAGAUCUGAACAACGAUGGUCUGGUGGACGUGUUGGUCGGAGCUCCUCUCUUCAUGGACAGAGGCUCAGACGGAAAACUCCGGGAGGUGGGACAGGUGAGUGUUUACCUGGGUCGAGGUGGGUUUUCCUUCCACCUCCCACAGACGCUCACAGGGUCAGAGGUCUACGCCAGGUAUGGCUCUGCUAUCGCAGCACUGGGAGACCUGGACAUGGACGGGUACAAUGAUGUUGCCAUCUCUGCUCCAUAUGGAGGUUCAGAUCAUCUUGGUCUGGUUUACAUCCACAACGGAGGACCUCAGGGUCCAGACCCUACACCAUCACAGGUCCUGAGGGGGAAGUGGGUGUCCAGACACAUGCCUGCUAGCUUUGGUUAUGCUAUGACUGGAAACACUGACAUAGACGAGAAUGGAUAUCCAGAUUUAAUAGUUGGAGUGUUUGGAGCUGACAAAGCUGUUUUAUACAGAGCUCGUCCUGUGAUCAGUGUCAAUGCCACGUUGGACCUAACACCUCAGAUCAUUAACCCAGAGGAGAAGACGUGUUCACUGCCUGGAAGCAGCACAGCUGUUUCCUGUUUUAAAGUCAAGUACUGUUUGAAGGCCAGUGGUCGUGGAGCUCCUGCUUCUAUGGCGUUCCGUGUGGACCUGAUGUUGGACCGUCUGAAGCAGAAGGAGACGAAGCGCGUCUUCUUCCUGCACACUCAGAGUUUCCAGUACUCGAAGAACAUGACGGUGUCGAACGGCAGAGCUCCGUCCUGUGAGGAGCAGUUUGUCUUCCUGAAGGACAACCGUGAGUUUCGGGACAAAAUCACACCCAUCUCCGUGGCGAUGGAUUAUAGUCUGGAUUAUCAACAGGCUGCAGAUAAAACUGGACUUCUACCCAUUCUUGACGUGUCCACACCGUCUAAUGUCACCAAGCAGGCUCACAUCCUCCUGGACUGUGGAGACGAUAACGUGUGUAAACCUGACCUCAGGCUGUCAGUGAACAGUGACCGUGAUGAGAUCUACAUCGGCGAUGACAACGCUCUGACUCUAGAGGUCAGCGCAGAGAAUCGGGGUGAGGGAGCAUACGAGGCCGAGCUGCACGUUUACCCUCCGCAGCAGGCCGACUUCACCGGCGUGGUCCGCAGUCAGACUCUGUCCAGACUCUCAUGUGCUUAUAAGAUGGUAAACCAGACCAAGAUCGUCGUGUGUGACCUUGGAAACCCCAUGAAAGGAGGAACCAAGAUUCUGGCAGAGUUGAAGUUCAGUGUUCAUCAGUUGUCGGAAGAGGACACAUCUGUGAAGUUUGACCUGCAGAUCGUCAGCUCUAACCAGUUUGACAACACCAGUCCUCAAGUUUCCAGCAUCACCAAGCUGGCAGUGCUGGCCAGAGUCUUCAUCAGAGGGUCGUCGUUUCCUGAUCAGGUUCUUCUCCCCAUCACUAACUGGAAACCUAAAGAUCUUCCUCAUGUUGGUGAAGACAUGGGUCCACAGGUCGUCCACGUCUAUGAGCUGCUGAACAGUGGACCGAGUACGAUCAGUAAAGCUUCAGUGGAGGUGGAGUGGCCGUACGCUCACAACCACGACUUCCUGCUCUACAUCACCAGCUUCAAGACAGACGGACCAAUCAACUGCACCGCUGACCGAGAGAUCAACCCCCUCAACGUCACGACCUCAGUCACCUCACAGAAGAACACCAGUGUGGUUCCGCCCAGAGAGAGAGAGACAGAAGGACGGAACAAAAACCACAUACGUAAGAGAGACGUGGACAUGAAGGACGGACAGAGUGACCAACAGAUACUGGACUGCAGCACAGUUGAUUGUCUGAGGCUCAAAUGUCAGGUUGGUCGUCUGGAGAGGAAGAAGAACGCCAUCCUCUACAUCAACGCUAACCUGUUUGUAAACACCUUCAUGAAGCCUGACUAUCAGAACCGGUCCUUUGAGGUCCGGUCUUCAGCAUCCUUCAGUGUGAUCGAGAUGCCGUACAAGAACCUGGUUUCAGACCUUCCAUCAAACAGCACCUCAAUGAGUGUGGCGGUCAUGUGGUUGGCUGACGUUCCUCAGUCAGUUCCUGUGUGGGUGGUGGUUCUGGCCGUGUUAGCGGGACUAUUACUGCUCGCUCUGCUCAUCUUCAUCAUGUACAAGCUGGGCUUCUUUAAGAGAGUCCGUCCUCCGCAGGAAGACAGCACUGAGAAGGAGCAACUGCAGCCGGAGGAGAACGGCACCACUGACACCUAGAGGUCAAAGUGUGUCAGUGCAGAAAGAAUUUUCAGGGUAAAAACAGAACCGUGCUCAGAUUUUAUUGCAUUUUUAUUUGGGUUUUUUUAGUUGUAUUUUCUCUAAUGAUGUGUUUGUGCCAAACAAGAAGCUCCGCCCACAUCUCACCGCUCACACGUGAACUCGUAGCCUCACCGCGAGAGCUGUAAACAUCGUAAAUAUCGUGCUAACAUCAGUGAUAGAUCACGGGUCGUUACCGUGGAGAUACAAGGUCAUGACUUUGUUAGGGGGCGGAGCUUGGCCUGAUGUUUGAUUUGCACUUUCUAAAAAAUGUAAAAUAAAAAUAAUAAUAAUAAUAAUAAUUCACACUCGUCCAGAACUGCUGAUUAACUUGUUGCCAUGGUUACUGCAGCGUUUACAAUCCUGAAAAAAACAGACUUCCUGUUUACAUUCACACGCUCAGUGACCCUGAAGGUCACCUGACCCUUAUAUUAUAUAACAACAUGUUUUUGUGCAACAUUAAUAUUUUUAUCUGUUUUUUACUUUUCUAUUGUGUGUGUGUGUGUGUGUCUGUCUGUCUGUCUGUGUGUUUGGGUGUUCAGUUCAGGAGCCUGGAUGCUAAUGCUAACUGUGGCAACAGUAGUUUAGGUGGGCGGGGCUUAAUUAACUCUGCGAUUUUCUUAGUUCAAUUAUCCUUCGACGUGUUGUCAAUAAAUAAAAAAACAAUCAAAGAUGACGCCCACUGCCUCAGCCAAUCAGAGAGCAGGACGAGUCAGGAAGAAGAGUGAUGUUGUUUGUGUGUGUGAGCAGCAGGAGGCGCUCAUUCACAUUAAUCUGCUGUAACCAUGUUCUUAAUCUGAUUAUUUAUUUCUGCUUCACACAUUAAUCUGAGAUUAAAAGUGUCUUUCAUGGUU